GUAAAAUCCACGAUUAAGGUUAUUUCUCGAUUUUGGCCCAUUGUGAACCAGCGAUGGUAAUUAACUCACCACGGAAGUUCCAAACGUGCAAUAUCUGGGACGGACACACUUUCCUAGAGUCCUAUCCGUUGUCACUUACCGUUGGAUCCGAAGAAGUCCGUGAAUGAUUUGUAUUUAAGAAGCUACUCCACUGAAGGUGGUCAAGAUUAAACGUUUGUUAUGACAAUCAACAAUGAAACCACGUCGAGAGAUAGCGACUCCAAAUUGCACACAGACGAGGCCAUUUCUGGCAUUGAGAAGACGCCAAAGGUACCUGACGGUGGAUGGGGAUGGGUCGUAUGCGCAGCCUGUUUUCUCGUGCACUUACUGAUAGAUGGUCUAUUUUACUCUUUUGGUGUCAUAUAUGUAGAGCUGCUUGAAUAUUAUGGUUCAUCCAAAGGCAGCACAGCGUUGAUUGGAUCAUUGUGUCCAGGUGUAUUGUUUCUGAUCGGUCCGGUCGUGUCUAUUUUGGCAAGGAAGUAUGGCUGUAGACCGGUUGCCGUUACUGGUGCUCUGGUGGCGUUUGCUAGUCAGAUUGCCAGCAUCUUUGCUCCAAAUAUGCAGUUUCUCUACUUCUCACUUGGCGUCAUGACAGGAUUUGGAUAUGGGUUGAUUUACCUUCCAUCGAUUGUGUGUGUUGUAAGUUACUUUGACAAACGUCGAUCUCUUGCAAUAGGAAUUGGCGUCAGCGGGACUGGAAUAGGAACGUUUAUAUUUAGCCCCAUUACUAGUCUACUGGUUCAGGAAUACGCCUGGCAAGGGGCAAUUUUAAUACAUGCUGGACUGCUCCUAAAUUGUGUAGCUUGUGGUCUGGUGUUUGUGCCACUUGAGGAACAUGAACCGGUUUGUGAGAACAAGGACAGUGUUGCUUUUUAUGCUGAAAAGGACGUCGCACUAAAGGUGCAAAAUUGUCGAGUUGAUUUAGAAAAUUGCCAUUUAGAAAAAAGGCAACGUCACCAUGCAGAGUUUACCGAACCGCAAAAUGAUACCUCUUUAGAGAUCAUCUGUGGUCAUACGUCGAAAGAAUCCGUUCAAACAAGUGCUACCUCACCAGAAAUCCAAGCCCUUUUAGCGCCCUAUGACUACAACGACACUUCCGCCCAUGACAAUGUUCAUACCAGUGACCUAACCAGUACAGAUCACCCAAAGAACAACGCUGAGAAAUCUACAAUAUCAUGUGCUCUCUUAUCCUCAGGAUGUAUAACAAGUUUAAAGGAACAUUUUGACUUUAAAAUAUUUAAACUAGUGCCUUUCAACUUGUUUAUGGUAUCAUCAUUCUUGUACAGCCUCGGAUAUUAUGUUCCAUAUAUAUACCUGCCUGACAUGGCAAUAUAUUGUGGUAUCGACGAACUGGACGCUGCCUGGCUCCUCUCAGUUGUUGGUAUUACAAACACCGCUGCACGUGUUCUGUUUGGCUUUCUCUCUGACCGGAAGUGGGUCAAUCGGUCCUUAUUAUAUAGUACGGCUUUAAUCAUUUGCGGCUGUUCGACAGUGGCAGCACCUUUUAUGAAGUCAUUCUGGUCUCUGGUCUUGUACUCGACCUUAUUUGGAGUGUUUGGUGGCGUAACUAUAUCGCUUACCUCAGUAUUGCUGACAGACAUUGUUGGCAUAGAGAAGCUAUCAGACGCUUUUGGAAUGUAUAGCUUUAUCUCAGGGAUAUCUGUGUUCGCCGGUCCACCGAUAGCAGGUGUGUUGUACGACAUCUCAGGAAGCUACAUGGUCCCCUACGUUGGAGCAGGCGUUACUAUAGCAGCGAGUGGAGCUAUUCUUCUUCUUAUCCCAUUGUUGGAUAAGAGGUCUAAUUCAAAGAAGCAAUAAAUGAGAUUAUACUCUUUUAUGAUAUCUCAUGAAGUUACAUUGUUUUCUACCUCGGAGUAAGCGUUACUAUAGCAGAGAGUAACGCUAUUCUUUUAAUUCAA